CUAUGAGGUAAUGUUACAGCCUACAAUUUCUUAACAUUUCAGUAGGCUAAUAUUUUGUCCAAAAACUCAUGUCCAUUUAUGAGGUCAUGAGCGUUCGGACAGAAGUGAUUUAUAUGUCGUCUACAAUCGACAUAUAAAUCCACAUGAUUCACCUGUACUCGUAUUAUUACAGAAUAACCACGCAUUCUUUGUAAUCCUUAUUUAUAGCAAUAAACAGAGCACAGUUGCUUCAAAGGCAUGUGUUUUUAUUUUCUGUUGUGCUCAAAGUUCCCCCCCCUCUUUUUUUUUUUUUUUUCCUUUUUUUUUUUUGUCAUUUUGCAGCCGAUGCGGACUGACGCAAGUGAACAGUCUCCGCAUUACGUCACCUCAAAGGCCACACACUGGAGGCAGAUUGAGGCUGCUCUGCUCAGUGCGCUACCCGAAAAUUUCCACAACACCAGGCUUUGUAGGAGCGCGACACGAUGCAGCAGCGAACACCAAAGACAUCCUGAUCACACUGUCGGCUUUGGAGGAGCCGUCUGAUUCUGGGACGGAAAGGAAAAACCCAGAUAUGUUGCAUGACAAACCUCGGAAUAAAUUCUGAAUGAUUGAGGACCACAGGCCGAGCAGUGACAACAUGGCAGACAGACGGCAACUGUUUGUGGAGAUGAGGGCUCAAGAUCUGGAUUCCAUUCGGUUAUCAACUUACAGAACAGCCUGCAAACUGCGAUUUGUUCAGAAGAAAUGCAAUUUGCACUUGGUUGACAUUUGGAACGUCAUUGAGGCUUUCCGAGAGAGUGGACUCAACUCCAUGGAAACGAAUGCAGAGCUGAGUGUGGCUCGUCUGGAAGUGGUCCUGUCCACCAUGUUUUACCAGCUGAACAAGCGCAUGCCCACCACACACCAGAUCGGGGUGGACCAGUGUAUUGGUCUUCUGCUCAACUUUCUGCUGGCUGCAUACGACCCGGAGGGCCAUGGCAAGAUUUCUGUCUUUGUGGUAAAGACGGCCCUGGCAACCAUGUGUGGAGGGAAAAUCCUGGACAAAUUAAGAUAUAUUUUUUCACAGUUGUCAGAUUCGGCUGGAAUCAUGGUGCACUUACAGUUUGACCAGUUUCUGAGGGAGGUGCUGAAGUUACCAAUGGCUGUUUUUGAAGGACCGUCAUUUGGAUACACUGAGCAAGCUGCUAGAACAUGUUUUACUCAACAGAAAAAAGUCUCCCUCAACACAUUCCUGGAUACACUGAUGUCAGACCCGCCCCCUCAGUGUCUGGUCUGGUUACCACUCAUGCAUCGCCUCGCCAACGUGGAGAACGUCUUUCACCCGGUCGAGUGCUCCUACUGCCACACCGAGAGCAUGAUGGGCUUCCGCUACCGCUGCCAGCAAUGUCAUAAUUACCAGCUCUGUCAGGACUGCUUCUGGAGGGGGCAUGCCAGUGGUUCCCAUAGCAACCAGCACCAAAUGAAGGAGUACACGUCAUGGAAAUCCCCUGCAAAGAAGCUGUCCCAUGCUCUGAGUAAAUCUCUGAGUUGUGCGUCCAGCAGAGAGCCUCUCCACCCCUUGUUUCCUGAAAUGCCAGAAAAACCUCUGAACCUCGCUCACAUUGUGCCUCCGAGACCCGUGAAUUAUCCCAAUGACUACUCCUUCUCCCACUCCAUGCCAACAUCAGGGAACCCUUACUCCACCAAAAACUUACCUUACAGCAAGAAUAGUGUUGAACAAAGAAAGCCCUUGACUGUGACUGCACCCCAUCUGUUGAAAGGCAGAGGGUUAAACUACAACCUGGAUGUGGCCGAUAGACUUUCAGAUGAACAUUUUCUCAUUGGUCUCUAUGUGAGCCUGCUACAAAACAACCCCAAGUCAUGUUUGCUGGAGAGGAGUAACCACCUUCAAGACGAGGAACACAGCCUCAUUGCUCGCUACGCUGCUCGGCUGGCUGCUGAUGCUGCGGCUCAGCAGCAACGGGUCCCCACAGACCUGCCCUGUUCUCUGGACGCCAACAAGCAGCAAAGGCAACUCAUCGCGGAGCUGGAGAGCAAAAACAGAGAAAUAUUACUUGAAAUCCAGCGGUUACGUCUUCAGCACGAAGAGGCCUCCCAGCCCCCACCAGACAGAGGCCAGCAGAACCCCACCCUGCUGGCUGAGCUACGACAUCUCAGGCAACGCAAAGAUGAGCUCGAACAAAGAAUGUCUACACUGCAGGAGAGUCGCAGGGAACUCAUGGUGCAGCUAGAGCAACUAAUGAUGCUUCUCAAGAUUGAAGAGGAACGGAAGGAGGCUACUCAGGGUCCUGGCUCUCCACGCUCCUCUCCCAGCCACUCCAUCAGUCGACCUAUCCCCACACCCAUCCUGUCCGACUCCACCUGCACCACUCCCACCCACACGCCCCAGGACUCGCUCAUGGGAGUAGGAGGAGAUGUACAGGAGGCUUUCGCUCAAGGUCCGAGGCGAAAUUUAAGGACUGACCUUCUCAUUGCUGCUGAUUCUAUCACCAACACAAUGUCAUCACUGGUUAAAGAGCUUAAUUCAGAAGGUGGAAGUGAGACAGAGAGCACAGUAGAUUCAGACUUGGGACGUGAGCUUUUGGCUGCAACAUCAGAUCCUUUCUUCAGUUAUAAACCAAGACCCUCCAGCGGUGCCGACAGUUACGAGAACAAUCUGGAGGAGCAGCUGGAGGACGAGCUCAAGUUGGAGGAACUAAUGAAGCACAGACCGGAACCAGACAAAUCGUGCAUGGUGACGUUGCAGCAGUGACUACGCGAGCAAUAUAAACGCAACAAUAACCAAGAAGACACUGGACAAAACACUGGACUCAUACAAAGCAAUGAAGAUGAGCACUGCUGAAUCCAACCAUAGAAAACAUUUAUGUAAAGAUAUAUAUUUUUAACCAACACAUAUAGGCUAUUUAAGCUAAUACUGUGAGCUGAUGUAAAGAGAUUACUACUGAGCUGUCUAUGAUACCACAGGUGCCAUAAAACUCACACAAUUUGGAGAUUUUUUUUUUAUUUCUAUCCUUUUUGUUAAGUUGUUAAGAAUUAUAAUACACUGCCAGUGCCAAUUGGCAAAACUUAGUUCGAACACAUUCAACCAGGAUCUUUCUCCACGUGCCAUCUAAGAUCAAUGAUUAUGACAACUGCAAUACCUAUGUAACUUUACUUUUCAUUAAAGGGCCCAUAUUACGAACAUUUUUGCUCUAUGUUAUAAUGUUGUUUUCAUCAUCAAAAAUAUGGAGAUGUGUUUUGUUUAAUACUCAAACCCUGCAUAUUUAGGCUGAGUUCUUCUCUCCUAUUGAAAACACUAAUACGGAAAAUGCUCCAUUGUGUUUUUAAACUCCAUACACCUUCGCUAGAAUCAGUUGGAUGAUUUCAGUCCUGGAAUUGCCAAUUUCUACUGAUCUAAAGGUUAAAUGUAGCUGUUAACUUAAGUGCCGCUGCAUGACAUCACAAGGUAGAACAGAGCAUUUUGAGCUUUAGAGAUGUAGACAGAAUAAUAAAUGGUUAUUGAAAUGUGUGAAUGAAACAAAACACAACUCAUCGUAUGUUUUUGAAGAGGUAACUUAUAACAUGACUAAAAAGCUCAUGAGUAAAUUUUGCGCAAUAUAGGACCUUUAAUGGUGGAAUAGAUUUCACACAUGAUUUUAUACCAUUGCUCUUAAAUGUUUCAAAUGUCUUUAUUUAUAUGUUUGCUUUUGAACAAUGGCCUUCUGCGAUUUCAUUUGAUAUCUGUGUAAAAUUGCACUCUGCCUUAGCUGAUUGAGUGAUAAUGGAAGAUGUCUCUCAAACUGUCAGUCCAGUACGUAGCCAGCGCUGCUCUGCUCCUUGUUUUAUGUUGUGCUUCUUUAGUCUAAAGCUGUGAUGUUGCAGAUUUUUCAACAUUUUAAGACAUUUCCUUUAUGCUUAGAAACACAAGUCACACCAGAGAGGGCAGUGAUGAAAUGAAUUAAACCUUACAUUACAUUUUAAAGGUGCACUGCGUAAAAUUUCUAGUAGAGGGUCCACUAUCUGAUGUCUCCAAGGAAAUGUUAUUGCUUCGUCUAGAAUGUUCUGCAGUAUAGCUUAAACCUAUUUAUCACAAGGGACACACACAGGUUACAACACUAUGCUACAUUACUGUUCAAAUCUGUGGAGUCACCAUUAUUCACAGAAGGAUAUUUUUGAGCAAUAGAAACACUCGUAAUGAAUAAAUCCUAGAUGGAUAUGUUUAAUAAUGAAUAACCAUGGAACAUUCCAUGUAAAGCAAUAACAUCUCCAUGGAGAUGUUUCAGGCCCUCCACCAGAAAAAUUACGCAGCGCACCUUUAAUUAUGGUUCAUGUGCCAUUUUUACACAUAGCACCAAAUCCUGCUCACAUGCUAAAAUACUGAAUACUCACACACUUCUUAUGUAUUUUUGAGUGUGUGAAACUCUUUCGCAAGUGGCAAGCCAAUCUAAAAAAUCAUAAAUGUGUGAAAUAUAUCUAGUUUGAUUUUUGAGCAAGUUCAUAGCAGUGAUUUUGCAUGGUGGUGAUGCGUAAU